AUGCCAGAGGCAGCGAAGAACGACAACUCGUCGGAGAUCACAGGGCAGGAUUACCGCAAGAUAUCGUCGCGACCGCACUUAAAGCACAAUGACAUGACAGCGGAAGUGUGUACAGAGACGAUCGAGAUCAUCACGAUGGCGUGCGAUAAGCACGUUCCUAUGAAGAAUUACGAGACUGCAGCACAGCUCAUCAAGCAGAGCAUGGACAAGAAGUUCGGGUCGUCGUGGCAUUGCUUCAUCGGCGAAGGUUACGGAUUCGACAUCAGCUACCAGCAGAGGCACAUGCUGUAUCUGUACGUGGGCGAGAUCGGUGUGCUCGUCUACAAGUGCUGA